AGAGAGAGAGAGAGACUCCGCUCUCAGCGUCACGUUUCCUCAGUGCGCGCCCCGCUCUCUGGCAGAGGAGCAGGUCCCUGUCUUCUCUCGGAGGAAAGUGUCUGGGAUGAUGCGGUAGGCGGGAGGAUCGUAUGUAGUUUUUCUUUUGUUUUUCCUACCAGAAGCCGAACCACAUGACACUUUAAUCCGCUCUGAAGACGAACUGUCCAAAAGAGGAGCGAAGAGGCCGAGCGGCGCGCGUAAUUCCUCCGUGCGUCUUGGCCGCGCCGCGCCUCUCCUCCUCCGAGCGCCCGCGGCUCCUCUCCGUCUUGGAUGAACUUUUCCCCGUCACCAUGAAGACGACGCGGAAAUGUCGCGCGCUGCUCUCCGUGGGAUUGAACCUGGUGGCGCUGUUCUUCUCCACCACCGCCUUCAUCACCACGUACUGGUGCGAGGGCACCCAGCGCGUGCCCAAACCCAACUGCAGCAAGCAGCGGCAGCACAACUGCAUCGACUACGGCGUGAACGAGACGGACCAGAACAAGGUGCACUACAGCUGGGAGACGGGCGAUGACCGCUUCCUCUUCCGCCGCUUCCACACCGGCAUCUGGUACUCCUGCGAGGAGAACAUCCACGAGGCAGGUGAGAAGUGCCGGAGCUUCAUUGAUCUGGCCCCGGCGUCGGAGAGAGGGGUGCUGUGGCUGUCGGUGGUGUCGGAGGUGCUCUACAUCCUGCUGCUGGUGGUGGGCUUCAGCCUCAUGUGCCUGGAGCUUUUCCACUCCAGCAACGUCAUUGACGGGCUCAAGCUGAACGCCUUCGCCGCCGUGUUCACCGUGUUGUCCGGUCUUCUGGGUAUGGUGGCCCACAUGAUGUACACCCAGGUGUUCCAGAUCACAGUGAGUCUGGGUCCUGAAGACUGGAGACCUCACAGCUGGGACUAUGGCUGGUCCUUCUGCAUGGCCUGGGGUUCUUUCACCUGCUGCAUGGCCGCCUCCGUCACCACCCUCAACUCCUACACCAAGACGGUGAUCGAGUUCAGGCACAAACGGAAGCUGUUCGAGCAGGGCCUGCGCGAGGAGCAGAACUACCUGGACCAGGAGGCGUUCCACUACUUCCGGGACCGCUCCCUUCAGUCCAUCUCCAGCACUGUGGAAGUCUACCCCUGCCACAGCGGAACCAGGCCCGGGGUGAUUGUUGGCGGUCCGGGUCCGGGCCCUGGUCCUGGACCCGGACCGGGCCCUGGUACAGGUCCGGUCCGGGGGAAGGUGAGGGCCACCUCUGCCUCUAUAGACCUGGGGGAGAACACAGACUCUCUGGGGGAGGAGCAAUGCUGAGUUGGAAUGAGGAGGCAGACUUUGUAGGUCUGGAGCCGUCCACAAACAGAAAGCACAGCGACCCUCACUUUGCAAAAGAAGAUCAUUAAGAAAUGUGGAGGAAGCAAGUAAAUAAAAUUCAAUGGAUGUGUUCUCUUCUUCUAUAUACUGUAUGUGUAAUGAAAACAAUAUAAAGUGUGAAAUAUCUAGAGCUUUCAUAUUAAGAUCUGUGACUCUGUUGAUGAUAUUCGGGUUCAUCAGCAGCAUAUUUUAAGGUGCUAUGUGUAGUAUUUCACCUUAAGGUAAAAACAUGUACUGUAAGCUGUUGUCACCAUGAGCACGUGACAAUGAAGAGAUCAGUUCUAACUAUUUAUUUUCUAUAGUGAGGGGAAACGUGUGACGUACAGUUGUAUUUAUGUGACCAUGCCAAAGUUUAUGAAAUAAUGUCUCCAAGCUUCCAAGGUUUAUUUGGAGAAAUAUGCAAAGUGAAAACAUUAAGUGCCAAACACCAUUAUAGCAUGUACAGUAAUAUUGCAGACAUUUACCAAAUCAUGUUAUUUUUAAUGAAUAAGAAUAACUUUUAUUUCUGUUUUUAAUCUAAAUUUAAACCAUAUAAAACCAUUUUAAUUGUCAUGAGACUACAUCUUUUAUCUACUUAAAUAAUCACACAAACCCAUGGAACAUGUGGUUUAUUGUUUAUGAGGCUAAUGAGUUUUCUGUUGCACUGCGUAAAAUGAAACUUACAUAUGUUGUUGUGCUUAUAAUCACUGGCUACUGUUAAUUUGCGUUAUCACAAUUUAUUACACUAAAUGAAGGACGUUAUCUCACUUGUCAUGCAGAGCCUGUAAUUUAAGGCCUUUUGGGCUGAGGAUGCUGAUGUUGGUGUGCUUGUCCACAUUGUCUCAAUCUCCGUCAUAGGUUGAUAUCUGUCCUUCUUUAUUAUAUUUUAUUUCAUUAUUAGCAUUUGUACAGGAAGAGCUGACUUCAAACCGCAUCUCAUGAGCGACAGCACAUAUCUGCAUUAUUAAAAUAAACAAUCAGCGUCUGCGAUCUAACAUCUAACAAUCUGUGAUAUUUACAAUAACACUUUCUACAGUAUGUGUGUCAGUCAAUCAGCACAAUCAAUGUUACACAUGAACAUUACAAACGUGGGAUGUUAUGAUUCUCAUUUGUCUUUUGGUUCUAAUCCAUGGCAGCGAAGUGGAUGGUACAGUUUGCUUGUGGAUGGGAGAUCUGAUUAACACUAGAGAGAAUACUACACAUAGCACUUUAGAACAGGUCGUGGUGACAAUGACUGUGAAAAGCAGCUGUUCAGAGUUGUCUUAGCCUUUUUCCUUCUAAGAGCAAACGAGAGCUUCAUAUUUUCUGGCAUUACAGUACACGUGUGUCUUUUCUGAGUGUAGGUGUACAUGCACACGGCCUUUUGACAAGUGCAGGAUUUAUUUUUUCAUAUUAACAGACUUACUUGAGGCAGCAAAUGAAACAUCGCCUCCAUCACUUCUCGCUCGUCACUCUUUGUUUUAUACAUGAAUGUGAUCCUGUAGGACAAGGACUCAAGGAGGGAAGUUCAACAGCAAUCUCCUCCACAGGGAUACCACAUUAAAAUAAGAGUGUUAUUUUUCUGCACAGGCAGUCAAGCCCAUUUUUAAUCACAAAGAUUUAACAAAUUCUAGAAAAUCUAGGAACAAAGUAACGUUGGGAAGGAAAUGUGGGACUGCGUGUCACGUUUUGAGGCUUCACAAGCGGUUUCUUCCUGUCAUCCAUCCAGCGCUUCGUCAUUAACUGUUUCCAUGCGUUUGUGAAAACGGUUUGGGCAGAUGUACAAAAUAUUUCACUGAAAGUGUGACUUGUCAGACAGCUGGGAGGACUGAGGGUUAUGCAUUGUCACUGACAGGUCAGCAGGGGGUUAAAGCACAUGACAGACAGCCCAAUCACCUAGAGGGUCUGUGCUCCUGCAUGGUUUAUGUGUUCUUCAGUCACGCUGUCCUUGGGGAGUCUCUGAACCUCUGCUUGCAGGGGAAGCUGUUCACCUUUGAUCUCUAUGGAAAUUAUCUGCCUGGAUUUCAUGUAUAAGGCACAAAGACGGACCAAGGACCAAAAUCCUAAUCCAAAGUAAAAUCUUCAGAUUUACGAAAGAAUAAGCUGAGCAAAAGCUCCCUGCUGAGAGGAUGCCAUACAGUGUUGUUUCCAUCAAUAUUUUAUUGUGACAAAAAUGUCCUGAUGUUUUUCUGUAUCCCAAAGGAUUUAGUGAAUUAUCAGGCGAAAUAAAAGUAAAUGUUGUCCAUUUAUAGAUUUAAUGACUGCAUAAUAACAGGCUGACAUAAUAAACAAAACUGAUGUAGAAAUGUGGUGCUGAGGAGACUGCACCACAAUAAGAUUACAUUGUGUAAAGGCAACAGUGAGGUGAAGCACACAGAUGCUGAGCAAGGAGAACCGCAGAGUCAGCGAAAGACAGUUGUUUUUUUUACACACAAACACACAGCUGUUGUUUUAACUAGUGAACAUGCAUGUGAAAAAAUGACUGUAUCUCAUAUAUUUAAGAUAAGUGAUGCUGUCAAGGCUUCAAUCAGCAUCACACAGACUCUCAACCUGUCUUCUGAACCAAUCAGACAACUUUCUGAAGCAGAUCAGCCUGUUUCUUGUUGUGUGGUUUUAAAUUUCAUCUCAUAACAGCCCAGUUUAACUUACUUUACCUAAAGUGAAUGACCAAGUCUCCUCCAUAUGUCAUCAGCAUCCACACACGAUGAUGACACGAUGAUAAUCUAUACAGUACUGUCGACCAUGAGUCAGACCAACCAGCGCCACAGGCCAAGGCCACUAACAGUCUCUAUAUGCUUGUUCCACGCUCAGCGUUACGCAAGGUCUGGUGGAUUGUGAACAGCAGGGAUUAAAUUGGCUGGGAGUUGCAAUAUUAACAAGGAGGUUUUGAGGUCGACGUAAUCCAGUUUCAAAUCCCCAAGCUGCCUGGCUGGCUGUAAACUAGUGGUGUGUGAUGGGUGAUAAAUCCUCUGUAUGCUCAUGUAAACAUGCUGGUGAAGAAGGGAAACAAAUGAUUCUGUUUGUAUUUCCUUACAUAUAUUUAUCUACUACA